AUGACCGAGAACUCGAGAAUCGUUAAAGAUAGUGUGGCGCCAGUGAUCGUCAAGGGUGCAGCAGCGAACGGACACCAUGCACAGCUGAACGGUGGCCAUGCUGCACUCGGGAAGGAUGGCAAAAAGGUAGCAGUGCCACUGCUGGAAGCGGAUGGCCACGCAGUCCAUGAACCACCGGACGGUGGUACCCGGGCAUGGCUCGUAAUGAUCGGUGCCUUCCUCUGCAAUGGUGUCCUGUUCGGUGUGAUCAACACGUACAGCGUCGUGUACCUGAGCCUUCAGAAGCAACUUCAGGAGAUCGGUGAUAAUGAAGCGUCCAGCAAAGCAGCACUCGUCGGUUCGUUAACGAUUGGUACGACUUUUCUCCUAUCGCCGGUAUCCGGCAUCCUGACCGACAAGAUUGGACUGCGGCGUACUACCUUCAUUGGCGGUUUGCUAACAUGCAGCGGUAUGUUCGUGUCGUCCUUCUUUACGGACAAUGUUACCGCGCUGUGCUUCACGUACGGUAUCAUGUUCGGACUGGGUGCCGCAUUAGCCUACACACCUUCGCUUGCCAUCCUUGGCCAUUAUUUCAAACGCUACCUCGGGCUGGUCAAUGGUGUUGUAACGGCUGGUUCGAGUGUUUUCACCGCCAUCAUGCCCGUCUGCCUAAAUUAUCUGGUGGAACAUAUGGGACUUAAAACGUCGUUCCGGAUUCUAGCGAUCAUCUCGAGCUUUGUCAUCUUUUGUGCGCUACUGUACAAACCACUGCAACCGCCACCACCGCCACCGAAGGUGAAACCGGGCCGCUCUGCUGUCAAUACCUUUCUGCGCUCGUUCAUCAACUUUGACAACUGGAAGAAGCGAAAGUACAUCAUCUGGGCGGUAUCGAUCCCUAUCGCACUGUUCGGAUACUUUGUCCCGUACGUCCAUAUGGGCAAGUUCGUGCGAGAUAAUUUCCCGGACAAGGGUGAAAAUUUGCCCGUCAUGUGCAUCGGCAUUACGUCGGGAUUGGGGCGACUCCUCUUUGGCUUUAUUGCCGAUAUGCCACGUGUCAACCGGGUGCUGCUGCAGCAGAUGUCGUUUGUGAUGAUCGGUACAUUGACGAUGUGUUUACCGGCGACCGAUUCGUUCCCGCUUUUGCUAGCCAUCACACUCGCCAUGGGUUUGUUCGACGGGUGUUUCAUCUCGCUGCUCGGACCGAUUGCGUACGAUAUCUGUGGACCACGCGGUGCUACGCAAGCGAUCGGUUUUCUGCUCGGCAUGUGCUCGCUGCCACUGACGCUCGGACCGCCCGUUGCCGGUAUGCUGUACGAUCAGACGGGAUCGUACCGGUUGCCAUUCAUACUGGCCGGCAUUCCACCACUGUUCGGUGCUAGCACGAUGUUCCUUAUCCGAUGCGUCAAGGAUGAAGAUCCCAAACAGCAAACGAUGGUGACGGAACCGAAGCUGGAACCGUUGGCCCAUGCGGCCUGGGACAGUGAAAACCCAACCGACGGCAAACCAAUGAACGGACAGCUGCAUCACGAGCGCCGAGCAACGCUUGCCAGUUCAGAAUCACUUACAGCGGAAAAGAAUGAAACGGGUUAGGCCCGGGGUAGGUGUUUGUUUGUAAGUGCGUUCACGAUCAGGCAACAUCUGGUCCGAUUCCGCGUGAAAGCAAGGACUACCGCAUACAAAAAUGAAACACGGUCGGACUCACAUAGACAAGCAGUUUUGUAAGUGGUAUAGACCAGGAUCGCUCCUUACUUUAGGGAAGAAUCAACUAGUACGUGUUUCAUCGUUGUUUUUUAAUUUCGUGUAGAUAGUUUACGACUAGAUAGCGAAAGCCAGACAAAAACAAAACCAAAAAAACACGGUAAAGAUCAAUGCGGUCACAAUCGGGCGUGUUGGCUAGAAACUGCCGGCGAAAGUAAAAUUCAUACACAAACACACAUACACACCACCUACGUACAUACGUACAUAGUCUCAAACAGCCAAUGUUGGUUGGGGACGGCAUAGCCGGACAAACUGUAUCGCAAAGCAGCAUUUCGUGAAGAAUACACACUGUCCAGGUACAGAGUUACGCUUUUGUACAAUAUUUAUGUUUUAGUAAAUAGGAUGUUAUUCUUUAACAGGAAGAGAGUUUUUUUUUGUUGUUUUAGGAAAUAGAGGAACAAAAUUCGAUGCAAUGAAUGCAGCACGAAGAGUGCCGGGAGAGAUGAAAAUAAAAAUCGAAUCUUAAGCUAUUGUA